GCUGAAUGACUCUUUCUCUAUUCAAGGAUUCUACUACGGGGUAUACUAUAUACAUACCUGUAUGGUCAAUACAGUCAUUCCAUUCACUGCUCAUUCCCCUAAUCAUCCCUAAUCAUCCCUAAUCCGUCCUAAAGGGGGAUCACUCUACUCUAUACUAUACUAUUAUUAUCACCUGCCAUCAUUCCCUCCUUACUUCCAUUUCCCCCUUCCCCUCCUUCCAUUUGGCCUUUCCUCCUCUCCUCUCUUCUUCUGACUUCUUCCCUCCUCCUUCUCUCCAUCAUCAAAUCCUGUUGAUUGCACCUUCGAUUGUUCAUCCUGGUUGUUUGUUCCUUGCUAGUUCCUCAUCUCGUUCCUGAAAAUCACUUGACUGUCUCCCUCCCGACGGUCGCGUCUUAUCACAUACUAGUCGCUCAGUAGCGCGUCGCAUCGCAUCGCAUCGCAUCGCAUUUCUUCCCUUCCCUGAUAGAGACACAGUCUUUGUUGCUGUGUCUACCGUCCAAACCGCUCCUCCUCAACAACCUUGGAAUCUGGUGCAGUAAUUAGCCACCUGAGUUUCAAGACCCAAUCUACUAGACAUCACAACCCCUUGACAUCGUCCCUCCGUCCUUCAUCGAUCCGCAAUCAUGGCUCCGCAGACAACCUCCAGUAUUGCCAUGGCCCUGGCCGGCAAGACCGCCUCGGUCGACAUCCCCAAGCCCCGGUCUGGCUUCGUGUCCGGCAGUCACGACGCCACCCGUCCGGGCCAUCCUACCCUAUUGCCUACUCCUCCGAACUCCAUAUCCCCCACGCUUCCUCCUCAGGCCUACCGGCGUCGGGAUGCGGACCUUCCCGGCUCCCCACCGCUGCCCACCUCCCAGCUUGACUCUGACAUCGACCUGGGAGACGCCGCCGCCCACCCCGACGGCCAUGGGCCGUCCCAUGAGACGGCUGCCGGUCUGGACAGCGUCGGUGCCAUCACCCCGGAGAUGCUGGCUCGCCACCACCUGCCAGAGAUCAUGCGCCAGCAUGGCCCCUUGGCGAUCCGCCACGUCACGGGAUUCCUCACGACCUCCGUCCCGGGCUUUUCGCGCAUUCCGCCCGCCAAAGCGCGCCGGCUAGUCGUCGCCGCGCUGGAACGAGGCGGUCAAGACGAGACGGGCGAGGUGAUCUUCGAGAAGGUUGGCUGGGGUCGCUGGGAUGCGCGUCGCCACGGCGAAUCCGCGCGCGAUCACCACCACUCGAAUGAGUCGCCCCCAUCCAGCUUUCCCAGCUCGUACCCUCGACCCGGGAUGCAGAUUCCCACCAAGCGGGACAGUCUGCAGCCUUACGGGACCAGUGUGACGGGCGAUUCGGCGGUCUUCUCGUACACGGAGGACCCCAUGCUCGAGGACAUGCUCGACCACGAGGCCGACAAGAUGUCCCUAGAUGGAGAUGGACGGGACUACUGCUCUUCGUCGGAGGCGCCUGACGACGACAUUCCGGAUGACGACUACCGCGAAGAGGACGUCACAGACGAAGAAGACUGGGCGCAGAUCGGAGCGGACGCGCUCCGUGCGCAGUCAUUGAAUGGGGGUGGUCUCUUUAUCAACGGCGAGCGACCUCCGUCCUCUCAACUGCGGGGCGGCGGCCCCGCUUCAUCCUCCCUCGCCAAAUCCGCUCCACUCAAGGUCCCCAUCCAACAACUGGGGUUCUCUCUCCCCGACGGCGGUGAACGCGCUGCAGCGGAGGCGCUCUUACGACUUGGAUCGAUGUAAUCAUUCUUGGCCUGAUGGUAUCGUAUCCUCUGGGCACAUCCAUUAGGUCUGUAACGGCCGGCCUGUUUUCUUUUCUUUUCUUUUUCUUUUCUACAUUCGACUACGACAUAUAUUAGUAAUUCGAGAGCUACACAAAAGUCGACCGGUUCGACAGACUGGCACAUGCAUUGGGCUGGAUUGGGAUGGGACAGUUAGGUUAGGUUCGGUUAGGUUAUAUUAUGACUGGCGUUUUCUUCUACUUUUACGUUUUAUACUCCCCACUCUUCUUUUGAAACUGUUUGAUACAGACUGGCUACUUAUACCAGUGUUGCAUGUUUAUUUCUGUCCAUUCAUUUUCAUGUUUACGAUCGUGACUGUGUUGUCUGAGACUGGAACUCGGAGACAGGGCAGACUAUAUACCUCUUGCUUUGAUUUUACUUGCCCGUGUGCAUUGUUGCAUACAUCAUGCGUACAUACAUACACACAUACACACAGGAAGGAUUGUCCAUACUACCUCCUACAUUAUCUUCUCA